AACGGACAACCUGAUGCCGGCCGGCAAUACCUGCCCGUGGGCUUCAACGCCUCGCAGCGCCUUGCCGCAGGCUGUGCCGCACCUGGAUGCGACAAAGUCUUUUGGGAAGACCUCAGUCGUUGCACUGGCUGUGGGGCAGCCUUAUACUGUGGAAAGGAGCAUCAACACGUCGAUCGUCCUGCACACAAGGAGGCAUGCAGUGGGAUCAAGAAAGCAACCCUUGCCUACCAAGAGGCUGAGCGACAGCUGCGCGAAGAGAAAGGCGACGACAUCUUGGGAGAUGGGCCGCCACACUUCUGGGGCAUUCAAGAGACACGACCGUACAUACGAGCGCGGUUAGCGCUGGCUGAAGCCCUCCUUCUCGUCGACACGGAGGGAGCGGUCGCUCUUGCGCUCAAGCAUCUCUUGGCAAUGCUGCACCUCUGUCGCAGUGACAACAUGGGCGUCCGCGACCUCGUGCCAGCAUUGUACCUGCGUUUGGGAAGAGACCAAGAAGCGUACGACUUCUGCAAAUGGUGGGUCACCACGGCACAGGAGGGAGAUUAUGACUGGGGCAACCGAAGCAGCCGGUUUCUUCAUGUAAAGGACCCGAAAGACUUUGUUCGCGAGGCCUCGACGUCGCUCGCCUUUGCUGUUAGCGUCACGCUGAUCAAGAUCCGACUCCUUAUCGACCUGCAGGCAUUGAUGCGCGACAGAGGGAUAGCCUCACCCAAACUCCCCUCAGAGAUCAUCGAUCAGUCCAAGGUGCACUGUGCGAGCUCCAUCAUUCUGGGGCAGCGCCAUGUGCUGGAACGCGAUGACCAGACGAGCAACAUAACGGCGCAACGGAGACACAUCAAGCAGCUGUUCGAAGCAGCCAGGGACAGCAACAAGCAUUUCUGGCCGGCGCUGGUGCGUGUGGGAGACGAGUUGGAGACGAGACGGAUGAUGGAUGGAUUUGGCGGUACGGGGCAGAUGCAGAUGCCGGCUGCGCAGAGGUACCACCACUUGUGGGCGGAGACGGAGGGCGCCAUCGGGGUCAUCGAGGAGCUGCUGGGCUCUUACACAGACGGGAUGAGUGACUGGGCGUGA